CUAUUUCAAAACACUCUGCCGGAUAGUUAGAGUGUAUUUUCUGCCGUUUACCUUGUAAAUAGGAUACAGCGAGUGUGACUCGGCGCAGUUUAGUCUCCCGGAGGAAGGAAGUUUGCGGCGGGAAGCGGACAGGAAGCAGACAUGGAGGACUUCGGCUCGGCCCUGGAGAAGAAUGUGGCGGACCUCACGGUCAUGGACGUGUACGACAUCGCGGCGGUGGUGGGCCAAGAGUUCGAGAGGAUCAUCGACCAGUACGGCUGCGAGGCUCUGUCCAGGCUGAUGCCCAAAGUGGUCCGAGUGCUGGAGAUCCUGGAGGUGCUGGUGAGCCGCAGCAGCAUCAGUCCGGAGACCGAGGAGCUGCGUCUGGAGCUGGACAGGCUGCGUCUGGAGAGGAGCGAGCGGCUGGAGAAGGAGAGGAGGCACCGAAAGGAACUGGAGCUGGUGGAGGACGUUUGGAGAGGAGAAGCUCAGGACCUGUUGUCUCAGAUCGCUCAACUGCAGGAAGAAAACAAAACCCUCCUCACUAACCUGUCAAUCAAAGACCCCAUGAGUGAGGAGGACCUUCAGAGGCAUGAGGGUAUGACAGAGAGAGAGAGACAAGUAAUGAAGAAGCUUAAAGAAGUGGUGGACAAGCAGAGAGACGAGAUCCGAGCCAAGGAUCGUGAACUUACACUGAAAAAUGAAGACAUAGAAGCACUCCAGCAGCAGCAGUCCCGCCUUAUGAAAAUCAACCACGAUCUUCGCCAUAAGAUCUCAGUGGUGGAGGCCCAGGGGAAAGCGCUCAUCGAGCAGAAGGUAGAACUGGAGGCAAGUGCUCAGGCACAAGCACAAGAAGUUGGUGGCCUUCGGCAAGAGGUUGUGCGGCUGAGGGAAAGACUUCAGGGAGAGCAGCCUGCCCUGGACUCGGAAGGAUCUCCACCUCAACCCCCCUCACCUGCAGAGGAGGCGAUGUGCAAUGAAGACAUGCCUGCUGUAUUCCAAUAUUUUACUAAGGAGGCAGUGUGUGAGGAGGAGGCAGGAGGUGUGGACCCAAAGGACCCCAACCGGCCCCGAUUCACACUGCAGGAACUGAGAGAUGUUCUCCACGAGAGGAAUGAGCUCAAGGCCAAAGUGUUCCUUCUCCAGGAGGAGCUUGCCUACUAUAAAAGUGACGAGCCAGAAGAUGGGAAUGUUCCCCCUGCAUUUUCUCCCUCUCCGGACCUGAACACUCGCUCACGUUCUUCUACUCAGCCAGAGUCUGGAAUCAAACGACUAUUUAGUUUGUUCUCACGCGACAAGCAGCGGAGCUCGCAGCGGAGCGCACAGUUCGACGUUGACGUCAGCUUGUGGCCGGGGAAAGAGGACGUGUACACGGAACAGGCCCAGGAGGCCUUACAACACAUUUAGUGGUGGGGCGGGACUUACUGCCAAAACUCUUAUUACUCCAUGUCCAUCACUUUGACUCACUUUGGGACUGAGGUGAGAAGACUGUGUGAAGCGUGAAAGGAUGCUGCAGGUUGGAGGAAGUACUGGAAAUAUUUAACAUUUAAACCAUUUUUCUCUGAUGCAAAUGAACCAUGUGACUCAGUGACUGACGGCACAGACAGCCUUUGAAUUUUAAAAGCAGCAGCAAGUGUUUUUGUGAUGGAGAAAUGUGAUCCAGAUAGACAAAUAUCGAUUUUGAGCACAGAAAAUAUGAAGGUGAUGUUUGUAAAAGUCAUGAAAAUCAUCUACAUCCGUGAAGUGUAUUGAAAUUAAUCAAUUUUACAGAAUAUGUAAGGGAGUAUGAAAAAGACAGUAUUUCAUACCUCAGUAUAAAAGGAAGUCAGUUACACUCGUCAACAACAACAACAAAAAAAUUCUCGCAUGGACUUUGAGAACUGAUUUAGGGUCACUUUUAGGUGCUGAAUCUGAAUCUGAGCUCAGGUUUCCUCCAUCAUGUCACGUUUUUUGCAGUCUGCAUGUUCCUGAUUACGUGUGACACGUGCGAGACGGCAACUUUUGCUUCAAUGCCUGAUACGGGAAAUAUGUUUUCAUAUCUCAAAAAUGUGAUGUGAUUGGCAAAAUCUAACACCAGAUUCAGAUUCAGUGCCCCCUAAAUUGCCCAAAAUCCAUUGAAAAACUCCAUGUAAGACAAACUCCUGUUGACCAGUGUAAUACUUCUGCAAAAACACCAAACUGCACAUGCCAAGGAGAAUUAUGAAAUAUGAUACAUUGGAUAUCGUGAUAAUCGUAUCGGUUUUUUUUUAAAUGAGUAUUGUGAUACCACAAAAGAGAGCGACUGCAUGGAAUAAUUCACCUCUUGCAGAAGACUCAUGAAUGAUUUGUAAAAUAUAGAAACAGAAAGCAGACAACAUCAAGGAUUACAAUUUAUACUUCAAAAUAAAUUGUUUAAAGUUAAACAUUCACCACAGAUUACUAUUACUAUUAGUGUAAACAGCGAAGUAAUUCUGCAUCAUUUCAACAAAAAUAUAAACGCAACACUUUUGGUUUUGCUC